UAAUUGUACUUCGCCCUCGUAGCUUAUUAACUCGUCCUAAGGUAGAACCGUAGAACCAGAGAUCAGCGGAACCAAUGUUGGAACCACGUCUUGUUUUAUCCGUCCCUCUGUGGCCGCCGCCUUGUUUCCGGUGUGUGUGUCACCUUCAUUUCCGGCCCCGCUUCCUGCUCCACGCAGCAAUGUUGUCCACGUUGAAGCGGCGGGUCGGGGAGGUUCUGUUACCGGGGGACGAGUUCUCCUAUGACGGGGACGACACCAUCUCUCUGACGGAGCCCGUCAGGCCGGAGAAGGUGCUGUGUGGCCCGGGGCUGCGGCGGAGCGGCGACCGGCUGCUGGUGUGUAAGAGCGGGGUCCUCCGCCAUAAACAGCCCAACGUCUUCUGGAUGGACUGUCAGCAGAAGAGGUACGUCCCUGCUAAAGGAGAGACAGUCAUCGGCAUCGUCACCGUUAAGUCAGGAGACGUCUUCAAGGUCGACUUCGGUGGAAGUGAACAGGCGUCUCUGUCUUACCUGGCGUUUGAGGGGGCCACGAAGAGGAACCGACCCAACGUCCAGGUGGGGGACCUGGUCUUCGCUCAGUUCAUCGUAGCCAAUAAGGACAUGGAGCCGGAGCUGGCGUGUAUCGGCAGCUCGGGACGAGCCAAUGGGAUGGGCGUGUUUGGAGGGGGCGGGCUGUUGUUCAGAGUCUCUCUGGGACUCGUCAGAAGGCUGCUGUCCCCCCACAGCGAGGUGCGGUCCGACCUGGAGCAGCUGUUCCCGUGUGAGCUGGUGAUCGGGAUGAACGGUCGUCUGUGGGUCAGGUCCUCCAGCGUCCAUCAGACGCUCGUCAUCGCCAACCUGCUGCAGAGCUGCGAGAGCAUGACGCCGCUGCAGAGACGGGAGCUGUUCACGAGGGUCCAGCAGGGGGCGCUGUAGACCACGUCUGAUCCUCCUGUGGAGGUUGUGACGCUAUUGUGUGUAAAGGAACAAGUAUUUUUUUUAUUUUGUGAAAUGAAUAAAGUGUAUCAAUCUACAACUCAGUUUCAUUUCAGCACUCAACAGUUAAAGAUCUUUAUUCUUCAAUAAAGUGGUCAGUGAUUGGCUUAAUCUGAGCAUACAGCCAAUCACAGCUCACUCUGUUGAUGGUAGCUUGAAUGAAAAACGAGUCAUCAGCUGCUCCUGGAUCACAUGACAGAGGCUGUGAUGUCACUGCUCCAGGGGAACAAGAGGUUCAUGAGUCACGCGUGAAGCUCCUCCUCCGAUGGAUUGUAAGGAUCCAGCAACUGAAGUCAUAUAUUAUAAAUAAUCAUCUGCAGUUUAUCAACGCUUGAUUUUAUUUGUAAUAAAUCCCCUUCAGAAUGUGAUCUGCUUUCUGAUUGGCUCCUUCUGUCCAUCAGUUUAUGGAAAAAUGAAUGACUUAAGAACCUUCAUCCAAAAACCAUCAGAUGGAUUUUAAUGAACCUUAUUUUAAUGACCAGAGAGGAACAGACUUUUGGUCAAAAUAGAAACAAACAAGAUAUUUACAUGCAUUGUAACACACACACACACAGUGUGUUUGUCAGAUUGAUCAAUAGUGAGAUGAAAACAGCUGAUCACAUUCAUGUUGAAUUAAAUCUUUGGUUGCAACAGCUCUUGUAAGGACACUUAGAGAUACAAUCAAUCAGUCAAUCAAACACUCGAUAAAUCAAUAUUGAAGGUAGAUUUACAGCUGCAGCCACUCACCUGAAGAAGAAUAGCUACAUAGAUUUUAGAUUUUUCACAGAUUCACUGUCGACAUCUUCAGCAGAUACAACACUGACCAAGACCUGAACCUGAUUCCAGACCUGGACUUGGAAAUGAACCUGGAGCUGCUGAGGUUCUGGUCUGGAGCUGGUCUAGAAAACUACAACUGAUUCAAGAACAACUUUUUGUGAAGAGAAAGAGUUGAAUAAAAUAAAUUGAGCACAAAUCAAAACCUGAUUAUGAAUAACUUUAAAAAAAGAAACAUACACACACACUCACUGUGUUUAGAUCUGAUGUGAAACUAGCUCCACAAAUUACUGGAUAAACCUGUUUCUGAUCCUGGAUAAGUUUCCGUUAAAGUUUAGACAAUGACUCAGUCAAGAAGAAAAAAUCUCAACUGGAUCCCAGUGAACUGGAGACAUUGGGCCUCAUUUACCACCAGAGCGUUCAGAUCUGUGCUUAAACUGGCGUAUGAAGGUUUGACGCGUGAAUCUGGGAUUUGUUUAUUAUAAGUUGUUUGUACUCUGCGGAGUGAACGAACAUUUCUGUGCAUAUGUUAGUAAAUGAGGCCCAGUCAUCUGUAAACUGAACCAUACGUUCAGAUUGCUUCACACCAACAUGUGGGGGAU